AGGCUGAAUUUUGAAAGGGACGCCAGCCGGGGACUUGGCCCUGGAGAGUAAUUUCAGUGCCGGGGCGCAGCAGUCUUCCUUGUUAACACCCCCUGUCCCCGCUCCCCGCACGCACCGCAUCUCGUCUCCGAGCCAUGGGCAGAGCGCCUUUUCAGCAAAAGGGGCAAGGUGGAAUUAAAAAAAAUAUAUAAAAAAACCUCUACAAAGCACGUCAGAGGAUUGAUUUGACUUAUAUCAUCUGAAAAUUGGGUUCUUCCAUUUCUAGUACCAUGUCAGGUGGAAGAAUCCGAACGAAGAAAAAGGCCACAGCUUUAGAUCAAGCACCUGACAACCUUCCGUUGAGAAGUUCAGGGAGACAGGUGAGGAAAAAGGCAGCAGAGGCAGCUGAGGAGGAUGAAGAAAUAUCAGAGAAGAAAUAUCGGAAAUGUGAAAAAGCGGGGUGUACUGCAACAUGUCCAGUCUGCUUUGCUAGUGCUGCUGAAAGAUGUGCUAAAAAUGGCUACACAUCAAGGUGGUAUCAUCUGUCCUGCGGGGAACAUUUCUGUAACGAAUGUUUUGAUCAUUACUACAGAAGUCAUAAAGAUGGUUAUGAAAAAUACACCGCGUGGAAAAGGAUCUGGACCAGUAAUGGAAAAAGUGAACCCAGUCCUAAAGCUUUUAUGGCUGAUCAACAGCUUCCUUACUGGGUUCAGUGCACAAAGGCGGAGUGUGGGAAGUGGCGUCAAUUGACAAAGGAAAUUCAACUUACCUCACAAAUAGCCAAAGCAUAUCGCUGUGGCAUGAAACUGAACAGUUCUACUAAGGUGGAAGGCUCAGACCAGUGCACCAUGCCUGAGGAUCUGAGAGUUGCUGAAGUUUCAGAUCCCUGGUGGUAUUCCAUGCUUAUCCUUCCUCCCCUGUUGAAGGACAGUGUGGCUGCUCCAUUACUGUCUGCAUACUACCCAGACUGUGUGGGUAUGAGUCCCUCUUGCACCAGUACUCACCGAUCGGUUAGUGAAUCCAGUGUGAUAAAAAUGGAGAACUUAAAGACUCCACCUUCCAUAGCCGGGAUGAACAAAUACUUCCAGCCUUUCUAUCAGCCCAACGAAUGCGGUAAAGCCUUGUGUGUAAGGCCAGAUGUCAUGGAAUUAGAUGAACUCUAUGAGUUUCCAGAAUAUUCCCGGGACCCCACCAUGUACCUAGCGCUGCGCAAUCUCAUUCUGGCCUUGUGGUACACAAACUGCAAAGAACCUCUAACCCCUCAGAAAUGUACUCACCACAUAAUUGUUCGAGGACUAGUACGCAUUCGCUGUGUUCGGGAGACAGAAAGAAUCCUUCAUUUUAUGACCAGGAAAGGUCUGAUUAAUACAGGAGUUUUGUCAGUUAAUCGAGACCAAGCCCUGCUUCCCAAAGACUACCACAAUAAAUCUGUAAUAGUGGUUGGAGCUGGCCCAGCAGGUUUAGCAGCUGCAAGACAACUUCAAAAUUUUGGAAUUAAAGUCCUUGUGCUUGAAGCAAAGGAUAGAAUUGGCGGACGAGUAUGGGACGAUAAGACUUUCAAGGGGAUCAUUGUGGGAAAAGGAGCUCAGAUUGUGAAUGGCUGUAUCAACAAUCCUAUAGCACUAAUGUGUGAGCAAUUGGGCAUUAAAAUGCACAAAAUUGGAGAGAAGUGUGACUUGAUCCAAGAAGGUGGAAGGAUAACAGAUCCUGCAAUAGAUAAGCGCAUGGAUUUUCAUUUCAAUUCUAUCCUUGAUGUUGUGGCAGAUUGGAGGAAAGAUAAAAGUCAACAUCAAGACAUUCCACUUGGAGAUAAAAUUCAGGAAAUCUAUAAAGUUUUUAUUCAGGAAUCCGGUAUCCAGUUCAAUGAACUAGAGGAAAAAGUGCUCCAGUUCCAUGUUAGCAAUUUAGAAUAUGCCUGUGGCAGUAACCUCCAUGAAGUUUCUGCACGGUCUUGGGAUCAUAAUGAAUUUUUUGCUCAGUUUGCUGGUGAUCAUACUUUAUUGAGUUCAGGAUACUCAGCUAUAAUUGAAAAAUUAGCUGAAGGCCUGGAUAUUCGGUUAAAUGUUCCAGUCUGUAGUAUUGAUUACUCAGGAGAAGAGGUAAAAGUGACCACAACGGAUAGAACUCUGUGGACAGCAAAAAAGGUUCUAGUUGCUGUACCUUUAACUAUUCUUCAAAAACCAGCAAUUCAGUUCAAACCAGCUUUAUCAGAUAGAAAAAUGAAAGCAAUCAACAGUUUAGGAGCUGGAGUCAUUGAGAAGAUUGCACUACAGUUUCCUUACAGAUUCUGGGAGAGCAAAAUUCAAGGAGCUGAUUACUUUGGCCAUAUUCCACCUAAUUCAAACAAACGUGGACUCUUCAGUGUUUUCUAUGACGUGGACCCACAGCGUAAAAGCAGUGUUCUAAUGUCUGUAAUUACUGGAGAUGCUGUGGGAACAAUAAGGAAUUUAGAUGACAAGGAAGUACUGCAACAGUGCAUGACCGUGCUUCGGGAAUUGUUUAAGGAACAGGAAGUGCCAGAUCCGGUCAAAUAUUUCAUUACAAGAUGGAGCAAAGACCCUUGGAUCCAAAUGGCAUAUAGUUUUGUAAAGACAAGGGGCAGCGGUGAAGCAUAUGAUAUACUUGCUGAAGACAUACAGGGAAAACUCUUCUUUGCUGGAGAGGCCACAAAUCGGCACUUUCCGCAGACAGUUACAGGAGCCUACUUGAGCGGUGUUCGAGAAGCAAGCAAAAUAUCAGCAUUUUGAAUACUAGAGUUUACAUUUUAAAACAAAUUUUAACUCCACAUGGUGCUCAAAUUUGUGAAGACAAAAGACAGUUUUAAGCUACUUCAUUGUUUAUGCCUUGAAGAUGCACUUCAGUUUUAUCAGAAAAGCUUGUAACAGUAUCAUUGCUUCUGAGCAUUGCUGGCAGCUAGACAAGCUUAUUCAUCCCUUAUUUUUUCAACUGUAUUAGGAAAGGUAGAACUGUAAUGAACUUUAAAUAGUGGUAGAUGGACUGUCAAAUAGCUCAUUAGUUGAAUGUUUCUUCAAAAGGAUAGUAGGUUUCUCCAAUCAUGUCUAGGGUGAAAAAAAACCCUUAAGAAAUAGUUAUAAAUAUAAACAUGGAGGCCUUUGGUGCCAUUCAGUUAUAUAUUAUGCAUAAACAAUCUUAACAUUUAUUAUUGACUUGCAAAACAUGACAUAAAAAGAACUGUGUGAAGCUUAGUAUUUGCUUAUCAUGUAAAUGGACUAACAAAAAAUAUUAUGUGGACAUUUCCUUUCUGUCCAGUUACAGUUUAGGUAAUCAGAACUCUAAUUAAGGAAGUGUAAUGGAAAUAGGCAACUCUGAAAACUUUUUUUGGCUUAAAAUUGGACUUUUUGAAAAGUUAAAUGAUGUGACAUCUUCCAGAAGAAAACAAAUUUAAGAUGUUGUAAUAACACAUGAUGUUGUACAGUGACAAUUUCAGCAUAAAUUGCCAACAUAAAUAUCUGUUCUUUAUUUUUCAAAAACAUCCUGUAAACAUAUUUAAAAAAUGUUUUCUAAAUAUAUAGUGGAAAGGCUUGCCUCCUGGAAUUGUGACUGCUCCAUUGCUGGAUAUUUUCAAGAAAAGAUUGCUCAAUCAUUUGUCCAAGGUGGUAUAAAGACUCCUGCCAUGGGCAAGGGGAUGGACUAGAACAGGGCUUUUCAACCAAUAAUACACCUGUGGUACACUGGCACGUGGCAGGUGGUAUGCGGCCCAGCCCAGCCCAGCCCAGGGUACCGGGGAGGGGGAACGAGCCAAAGCAGCACAGUGCAGGACUUGCCAUGACCGAGUCUUCAGGAUCUGCAGGGCUGCUUGGGGUGAGGCAUAGGCCCUAGGAUCAGCACUUCUGGCACACCAGGAAGAGAAAGGAGGAGGAGGGGGCAAAGACAGGGAUAUAAAAGGUGGCAGUUUGGGCAGGAGGACAGAAAAAAAAUAUGCGGCUUUAGGAGAGUCAGCUGGAGCUGCACCAAAGGGAAAAGGAGAAGGAGGGGCAAGAGAGGAGAGGACAAAAAACAGGCUGGGCGCGCACACAGGUGGCAGCGAAAAACAGAUAAACGCAGCUGGGGAAGGGUCGCGGCAUGAGAAUCCAUGUUACCUACACCAUACCACCCAGCCCCCCCCCCAAGUCUGCCCAAUUUCGGCAGGUAGUGGCAUGCUCCUCACCGCGUGGAGAGGCUGAGCCGGCUUCCCUCCUUCCCUUCUCUCUUUGCCCCUUCCGUCCCUCCAUCCCCAGGAAGGGACAAGGGAAGGGGGACAGGCUGCCAGUGUGGCUGUGCUGCCGGUGGCCAUGGCUUGAAAGGCCACUGUAAAUUGCUGGACAAGAGCCG